AUGUUGAACGUGCUAUUGAGGAAGAACGCCUUUGGUCUAGUGGGUAGAAAAGGGCUGGCAACCGCCGCUGCCGCUGCCAAGCAUACCCCUAGAAUGAAGACCUUCAAAGUUUACAGGUGGAAUCCGGAUGAGCCCAGUGCUAAACCUCGCUUACAGGCUUAUCAAGUGGAUUUGAACGAUUGUGGGCCUAUGGUAUUGGAUGCGUUGCUGAAGAUCAAAGACGAACAAGAUGCUACCCUAACCUUUAGAAGGUCAUGUAGAGAAGGUAUUUGUGGUUCAUGUGCCAUGAACAUUGGUGGUAGAAAUACUUUGGCUUGUAUAUGUAAGAUCGAUCAGAACGAAUCCAAACAACUAAAGAUUUACCCCUUGCCUCAUAUGUUCAUUGUCAAGGAUUUGGUGCCUGAUUUGACUAAUUUUUAUCAGCAAUACAAAUCUAUUCAGCCUUACUUGCAGAGAACAUCGUAUCCAAAGGAUGGAACAGAAGUGCUGCAGAGUAUUCCGGACCGCAAGAAAUUAGACGGUCUGUAUGAAUGUAUUUUGUGUGCAUGUUGUUCUACUUCAUGUCCAUCUUACUGGUGGAACCAGGAGCAGUAUUUGGGGCCCGCCGUUCUAAUGCAAGCUUAUCGUUGGCUCAUUGACUCGAGAGACCAAGCUACAAAGGCAAGGAAAGCCAUGCUGAACAACUCCAUGUCUUUAUACAGAUGUCACACCAUUAUGAACUGUACCAAAACCUGCCCAAAGGGUUUGAAUCCUGGUUUGGCUAUUGCUGAAAUUAAGAAAUCUUUGGCGUUUGCCUAG